AUGACCUACCAGGUAAACAUCCAAGUAUGCAUUCUCUCACCCUGUCACCAUCUGCUGGAGAUCCGGGAGCGCGCUGCUGACUCACUGCUGAGUGCCGUCUCGCUGGGCCUGCUGCCAUCCCAGCAGCUGGCCGAGCGGCUGCGCAGCCAGCUGCUGCUGCCCGGCUGGGAGGGUCGACAGCAGGCGCUCCGGCUGCUCGACCAGAUCGCUAACAAGGGAUCUAUCAAUGGCGAGCGGCUCAGUCCGGAGCGGCAGCACUCUCCGGUCCGGCGGGUGGGUGGGGAGCGCUCCCCACUGCGGAGGGUCGGCGGGGAGCACUCCCCGGGGAGUGCCGGACGGCAGCCCUCCCCCAUCAGGGACGGUCCGUGGCGGACGGCCUCCCCCGGCGGGGACCAGCCUCACCAGAUCGGGGAUGGGCCCGACCAAAAGUACGGUGGAGACUUCAUUCCGGUGCUGUUCACCCCGGAUGAUAAUGAUACGGCCGGAAUGGAGGACAGAAUGUCAGUAGCUAGCUCGGAGAGUGAUCAGGAGGAUCAGGAUCAGGAUCAGGAGCCACCGGAUGAGGGGGACAUUAUUCACAGUCUGCCCUGGAAGAGUCUGAUCGGGUCUGAUCUGCACGUGCUGACGUCCACGGCGGCCUCUCUGACGUCCGGGGACGGCCGCGCCGUGCGCCAGGCGCUGCACUUUCUGCACGACGUCACCCUGAGGGACUUCCCCGCGGAGGUGUUCCUCCAGCGGCCCGUGCUGCUGCAGGCGGUGUUCCACGUGCUGGUGUCCACCGACGAGUCGGAGACGGACGUGCUGCUCUCCUGCCUCGAGUGUCUGACCGUGCUGACCGAGACGCUGCUGCACCGCUGUGACAUACUCAGCGCGCCCGAAACUCGCCAGCCCGCCACUCUGACGGCGGGCCCCACUGCCGAGGAGGCGGCCGGCGCUCUCUCGCUGCCGACGUUCUGCGGACAGCUACUCAGCCAGGCGCUCAGCUGUCUGUACGUGAGACACUGGGCGGUCCUGGUGGCCGCCGCCCGACUGGGGGCCGCCGUGUGCCGGCUGGGCCGCCGCGUGGUACCCGCCCGCCUCUGGGCCGCGCCUCAGGGGGAGGCCGAGCAGAGGGCGCAGCAGGCGCUCAUGAAGGCGCUCAAGGUGUUUGACGAGGUGCUCCGCUGGCACCACAAGUGUUACCGUUCGGGGGAGAGCGUCCACCUGCACCGGGCCGGCUGGCUGCUGGCCGCCGCGCUCCUGCAGCCGGCGCUGCACGCGCGCCUGCUGCGUCUGGUCACCGACUCCGGCUGCGCGCGGCUGUGGAGACGGCUGGAGCGACUGCGCUCGGCCAUGGAGGCGGCGCGCCGGCUGGCGGACGGUGGUGGACGGGAAGACGCGCUGGCGGCGGCCGCGGCCAUCGAGCUGCACGGGGGCCGAGAGCUGGUGGAGAAGGCGGUGGCGGCCGUGUGUGAGACUCCGGCGGCCGAGGGGACGCCGGCGGGCCGGCAGGAGGGGGCUGAGGACGGUAAGGAGGAGGCUGAGGGUGAGGAGGAGGAGCGCGCCGGCGGCCGGCUGCUGCUGCGGCUCCUCAGCUCUCCUGUGCCGGCGAUCGAGUCGGACGCCACCGACCUGGUGCUCUACGCAGUCACCUCGGAGGCCUGGGUGCCCCGCCUCCGGCCCGUGCUGGUCGCCGCGCUGCCGCUGUUCCUCUGCCACGUGACCCGCCCACAGCUGACGCGACCCCUGAACCACGUCAUCGGACUGUGUCGCGCCGAGCACCUCCGCAGUGACCUGAUCCUGACAACCCACCGGAGCCGCGCUGUGAGAGAGGACGCCUGGAGUCGGAUUAUGUCGCGUCUGUCCGCGCAGAACGCCACAGUCGAGCUGCUGCCCGACCUGAGUCAGCUGGGAGCGCUGGACCUGGCGGAGCUGAGCCUGGUGGCCGAGCCGCCGCCGGUGGCCAGCCGCCGCGGCGAGGUGAACGACGUGCUCACGCUGACGGCUCUGCUGCCGCUGGCCUGGUGCGGCACGGCCGCGCUGGACGUGCGCCGCGCCACGCUCUCCCAGGUGGCGGUCCUGCUGCAGGACCCCGACUUGCACCGCGCCUUCCUUGACCACGACGGCCUGGCGCGCCUGCUCAGCAGCAUGACACGCGCCGUGCUGCGCGAGCCCGACCUGGCGCACGACAUCAGCCUGCUGCCGGACUGUGUGUCGGCGCUGCGCCACCUGGCACUGUUCUCGGCCGGCUGCCGGCACCACCUGGGGGACGAUCCGCAGCUGCUGCUGCUGCUGGUGCGCGUGCUGCUUAUGUUCCGACUGGACGAGCGGGUGCGCGCGGCGGCCGCCCAGCUGCUGCUGGCCGCCAGUCUGGACUCGGCGCUGGUGUGCCGCCGCCGGUCCGGUCAGCAGAUCUGGGAGGUGCUCGUUCCGCCGCCGAUGGACAGCGCUCUGCGGCUGCCGUUCGCGGUGACGGCCCGCCGGCGCCGGCCGCUGGGCCGCGCUCCCGGCGAGCUGCCGCCGACGGCGCUGACCGAGCCGGUAACUGUGUGUGGGGAGCGGCUCAGUGUGGCCGGUCUGCUCCGCACCGCCUGGAGCCUGGCCUGGCACGGCGAGCUGCGGGCCGCGCCAGCGGCUGCCGAUGACGGUAUAUUCUCGUCUUCAUCCGUCGACCGGUGGUUGUCUGUGCUGCGCCGUCACCUGCUGACCCCUCCCAACUCCGAGCCGGACCGGCGGGUGCUGACGGCCGCCCUGCAGCUGCUGCUGCUGCUGCCGAAGUUGUGCACUGUUGUGACUUGUGGUAACCAUUGGCUGAUUCCUUUGUCUGCGUGUGCCGACAGGGCGGUGACGCUGCUCUCCGAGCACAGUCAGGUAUUUACCGACUCCCUGGUCCGCGCGGCCGACCACCCACAGCAGGGUCAGCGGCAGACCGCGCUCAGAGCGCUGCAGCUGCUGGCGGAGCUCUGCUGCCGCUCGACGCCAGGCGCCGCCGAGCUCCUCGACUCCCUGACCAGCCAGGCGGUGUCGGCGGCGGCCGGCGCCGGCUCGGGGCAUUUCUACAGCCUGGUGUCAGUGCAGCGGUGUGCCGCGCUGCUCCAGACCGCGCUACUCUCUCCUCACCCGCUGCCGGAGACCCUCCACCCGUCGGUGCGCCUGCUGCGGGACCUCUGCGCCGCGUUCCUGCCGGCCUCCGGUCCCGCCGACAGCUGUAUGGGCGCCGGGGUGCUGGCGGCCGCCGCUCUCUGUCUGCCCGCCGUCACAGACCGGCUCUGCGAGUGGAGCGACUCGUGCGCGGCCGCCUGGAGCGCCGACGUGCCGGACGGCGGCCGGCUGCUGUGGCUGGCCGCGCUGUGGCACCACCAGGACACCCAGGUGCGCUGGGGCGGCCUGGCCGCCGCGCUGGGGCUCACCCGCUGGCCAGAGGGCGCCGCGCUGCUCACACAUCAAACCAGACACCUGCCCGGCGGCUGCUGGGGCGCCUCGCUCGGCCUGCUGCUCGAUGAGGGGGAGGCGGCUGCUGUCCGCGAGCAGGCUGCUCUGCUGCUGGCCAGUCUGACUGCUCACCUCCACACCAACACCGACACGGAGACGGACACCGCAGACCGAUUUUGUGGCCCAGAGGUGGCCAACGCUGCUGCCGAGGUGUGUCUGACGGGUCCGGGCGCGCUGGUAACUCUGCUCGAGAACGCUGACUGGCCCGGCCAGCUGUCUCGGCUGGUGACUCAGCUACAGACGGGUACGGCCGCCGACCCCGAGCAGACUGUGACACCCGGCCUGGCGGCCGCGGCGCUGCGGCUCUCCCAUAAUGCGGCGGUGCUGUGUCCCGUGGACCUGGUGGGGCCGCUCACCGAUACCGUUCACACGCUGCUCAGGUUCAGUGACGCGCUGGGUGUGGGAGGCGGCUGGCGCGGCUGGCCGCCCGCCGAGGUGGCGCCCUUCUGGACCGAGGCGCUGCGGCUGUGCUCGGCUCUGGUGAUGCUGGAGCAGCCCGGUCGGCCGGGAGCCGCCCACCUGCUGCUCUGUGAUAGGAGAGCGCUGGAGGCGGCGGCUGGCACGGCAGUCACCACGGGAGACACGGAGCUGUGCGAGGGUCUGUUCUGUCUGCUGCUGUCUCUUCUCUCCUCGGACCGCGAGCAGGGUUUCUCUGCGAGCGCCGAGCUGCUGCUCAGUUGGCCGGAGCUGUGGCCGGCGCUGGCCGCCGCGCCCGCCCUCCUGGAGCCCCUGCUGGCCACGGAGGCGGCUCGGCUGCUGCGGCUGAGUUCCGGCGCGCCGCUGCUGGCCGGCCUGGAGUCGGCCGGCGAGCCGCUGUGCGCCGCCCUGCUGGCCGGGGGCGCCGCCAGCCGCCGGCCGCUGGCCGCCCUCCUGCUGGUCAGCGCGGCGGCCAAACGGGCGGCUCUGCAGGCGCAGCUGCACCGCCGGCUGACGGGCCAGCUGCGGGAGAACAUCGCCGCCCUGGUCACCGGCUCACUGAGCGUGCGCGCCGCCAGGAGCAAGGUCAAGGAGCGCAGCCUGCUGUCGGACCUGGUCAGUGACCUGGACCUGCUGCGUAACCUGAUGAGCGGCUCGGCCGAGGUGAAGCAGGCGCUGGCCUCUGACGGGCUGCCGAACCUGCUGCACAAGCUGUGGCCCUGGUGUGUCACCUCGCGGCAGCUCACCGUCACCGUACUCUGCACGCUCAACACGCUGGCAGCCGGAUGCACCGAGGGCGCACGCGGGCUGGCCUACACCAGCGCGGCGCUGCACCAGGCGCCGUCGGGCUCUCCGUCUGGCGCCUCCCUGGUGCACGUGGUGCUGGACGACUGCCAGCGCCACCUGGAGCGGCGCAGCGCCGACAGUGGCGCCGUGCAGCGGCUGGCCGUCAGCUUCAGUCUGCUGGCGGCCGCCGCGCUGGUCCAGGAGGGACGAGCCAUCAUCUGCCGGAGUUCGUUUCUGUCCGGUUUCCGGUUCUGGCGCGGCGGCUCGAGCUCGGCGCCCGCCUCGGAACAGAAGCGGCGCCUGGCCGUCACCCGGCUCUGGAUGCUACUCAUCAAGAACGUCACCUUCUUCGACGAGGGACAGAAGGUGGUGGCCAGGAUCCCGGAGGUGACCGGCUCGCUGGUGGCUCUGAUGUCUCAGGAGGACACCAGUCUCCGCUCGUCGGCCGUACUCGUUCUGAGGAACCUCAGCUACAUCACUGCCAUGCAGACGGCUCUCAUCAACACCGACGGCUUUGUGGAGGGGGUGGCCGCCGCGCUGGGCUCCGGACAGCCGGCCGCCAGCUGCGCUGCCGCCGCACUCUGCCUACAGCUACUCACCAGCAGCCGAAAGGCCCGGGCAGUGCUGACAUCUACCGCACAUCUGGAGAAGCUCAAGUCGGCGGCCGACUCGCUGGAUGUCGCGGCGGACGAGAUGUCGUCGGAGGUGUUCAGUAGAGUUCGAGACAUGCUCCGUCAGGAGGGCCCGGGCCUGGCCGGCCAGGCGGGAGUGACGGCUGUAUGAUCUAACCUCGGUAGUGAGGGAAUUCGAGCGAUCGUCCGGGAUGGUCCCGGCUUGGCGUGUGUGGCGGAGGGGGUAAAUUGAACCACAAAUGUUCGUAGAAAACUGCUGAGUAACGCUGAUGGAUGCCUUUCGGCGGCUCUGCGGUAUUUGCACCGUGACCUGGGGGUUUCCUGUAUGUGUAUAGUGAAAACCAGCGAGCAUUAUGAAGUGAGCAUUCGAACUGACGACACUUAGCGAAAUGGGUUAUAGCAAAUAUCUGUGAUAUUGCAUCGUUCACCAAAUAUAUUUUCGCAAUAUCCGUGUGUAUACUGCAAUGCAUUCAAAAGAAAUGCUGGACUAUAGGAGCUCUAUUUUCGUUAUGGACUCAUUGCAAAACAAGUUUGUGCUGAAAAUCAUCACGUAUUUUAAUGUGUAGAUGCUGAAUACAUAUCCCUGUAGAUGCG